AUGGAGUUCAAAAACGAAGUUGAGGCAUAUGAUUUUUAUAUGAAAUAUGCUAAAGCAACAGGAUUUGGAACUCGAAAAAAAUCUGCUCAUAAGGAUCCAAUUACAGGCAAGCUUUUGGACAUAAGCUUUUGUUGCGGUAAAGAAGGUUUUAGAGCAACAGACAGUCGAGCUGUUACAGUGAAGAAACCUCAUCCUGAAAUUAGGUGCGGAUGUAAGGCUAUGUUGAAAAUCAACUCUAGGUACAGUGGAAAGUGUCAUAUUGUGAAAUUUGUUGAAGAACACAAUCAUGAUUUGUGUGAUCCGGAACAAUCUUACAUGUUUAGAUGUUUCCGGGAAAUGUCUAAUGUUCAACAAACUCAAGUUGAUGUUGCUCAAAGUUGUGGGUUGCCUCCAAAGAAAAUUCUGGAUGUAAUGGCAAAAGAAUCUGGUGGAAUUCAACAUCUUGGUUUCACUCAUAUUGAUUUGAAGAAUUAUUUGAGAACUAAGAGGACUUCGGAGAUUAAACAAGGCGAUUGUGGAGGUGUGUUACAAUCUUUACAAAUGAUGAAAAGUGAGGAUCCACACUUUUACUAUGCAAUACAGUUGGACGUGGAAGAUCUAAUUACCAAUAUAUUUUGGACCGAUGGUAGAAUGAUACAAGAUUUUGGUCAUUUUGGUGAUGUAGUUUGCUUUGAUACUACCUAUAGAAAACAUCGAGAUGGUAGACCAAUUGCUUUAUUCGUCGGCGUAAAUCAUCACAAACAAACAAUUGUGUUUGGUGCAGCAUUAUUAUACGACGAAACAAUUGAAACCUUUGAGUGGUUGUUUAGUGCAUUUGAAGAUGCCAUGAUGGGAAAACGACCAAAGACUAUCUUAACAGAUCAAGAUCAAGCAAUGAGCGCUGCUUUAGCUUCCAAGUGGCCUUCUACUUACCAUCGCUUGUGUGUUUGGCACAUUUUUCAGAAUGCAGUGAUCCAUCUUUCAAGUGUUUUUUCGAGUUUUAAGAACACAUUUGCAGCUGAUUUUAGUUGUUGUGUAUACGACUUUGAAGAAGAAUCGGAAUUCCUCGGGGCUUGGAAUGAAAUGUUAGAGAAAUACAACUUGCAAGAUAAUCAGUGGCUGACAAUAAUGUUUUCUCUAAGGGAAAAAUGGGCAUUGGUGUAUGGAAGAAAUACAUUUUGCGCUGAUAUCAUUACAACUCAACGAAGUGAGUGCAUGAAUGCUGUUGUGAAACAUUAUGUAAAUUACAAAAACAACAUUGUUGAGGUGUUCCAUCAUUUUCAAAGGUUGAUAGAUGAUCGACGCGAGAAAGAAGCUGCAGAAGAUUUCAAAAAUGCUCAAAGUUCUCCUGUCAUGACUUUUCCAUUAGAAAUACUAAAGCAUGGAGCUGCCAUAUAUACACACAAGAUAUUUGCAUUAUUUAAUGAGGAGUUGAGGAAGGCAUUCGAAAGCAAGAUUGAGAGUGAGAGUCAACUUGGAAGUUCAAGAAUAUAUAAGGUUAGACCUCUUGAUCGGGCUUAUGAACAUAUUGUCACAUAUGAUUCCAUUGAAGGUUCCAUUUCUUGCAGCUGUAGAAAGUUUGAAUUCUCGGGUAUUUUAUGCUCACAUAGUUUAAAAGUCUUUACAUUAAUGAAUGUCAUUCGAAUACCCGAUGAAUAUAUCUUAAAGCGAUGGACCAAACAUGCUAAGAGCGGGAUGACAAGAGUUUGCAAGGAAGGAGCUGUCGUUGUUGAUGAAAAAACCCGAAAGAAACAGCGAUAUAAAGAGUUAUGUAAUUCAUUCAUACAAUUGGCAGGCAAGGCAGCCGAAAGUGAAGAUAGUUAUGCUUAUGCCAUGGAAUGUCUCUUGAAAAUGGGAAACAACAUUGAUGGAAUGGUAGAGAAGGGAAAAAGUGUUGUUGUUGAGGCAAAGAAGGUCGGAGAUGUUGCAACCGAAGGUGACUGCGAUGAAAAUCAAAUUAAAGGCUUGAAACCUAAAGGAAAGGUUACAUACAAAACAUGUAAGAGACCGAAGAAUGCUUUGGAACAAGCUAUUAGUAAAAAACGGAAACCAAAAGCAAUAAAGAGUGGUGUGGAACAUGCUUCUUCUACGCAGGAGAGUGGUGUGGAACAUGCUUCUUCUAGGCGGGAAUCUGAAGGGAAUGUGCUCAUCAAUGAUGACUAUUGGAACUUAACAUACACUGCUUUUGAUCCUCAUAAUACAUCAUAA